CUUCAUUUUGAUUCUAAUCUUUUUCUUUGUAUAUAAAAUGAUUAGACUUGAUUGUUGAUUAACUCAAUCAAUUGUGAUUCCUUUUACCAUUAACAACAAAUCGCAAUGACAGUUACUCGUCAAGUCCAUAAGAAAGUAUCUCCCAAUGGAAAGUUAACUCUGAUUCUGGUGAAACGGGAAAUAUUAUCUCAUGUAUCUCAUGUUGAACCAAUUGAGGGGAUAGUUGUUUAUUCAGAUGAAAUUGCUAAAUCAAAAAUCCAUGGACAGGUAAUUGUUACCUUUCGUUAUGGUCGAGAAGAGGAUGAAAUAUUGGGAUUGAAUUUCAGUAAGGAAUUAUUUUUAAUUUCUCAAGAGAUUUACCCUGAUGGAUCAACCAUAUCACCAUCUAAAUUACAAUCAAAGUUAAUUAACAAGUAUGGGCCCAAUGUGAUCCCGUUUACCUUUAAAUUGAACAAUAAUACACCUCAAACUGUGGUCAUUCAGCCUGAGGAAGGGAGUGAAGGUCAACCCUGUGGAGUUUAUUAUAAGGUCAGAGUGUUUGUUGAAGAUGAAGAUGGAAACAAAUCUAAACCCGAUAAAAGACAAACUGUUGAGAUGGCAAUUCGAAAGAUUGAAGUUGCCCCUGGGGGUAAAGGUCGUCAGCCAUCUUGUAUUAUUCGGAAAGAUUUUCUUCUCAGUCCAGGAGAGUUGGAACUCGAGGCGACUCUUGAUAAGCCACUUUACUAUCAUGGUGAAAAUUUGAAUGUUAAUCUUAGCAUUUCAAAUUAUUCCAAUAAAUCAGUGAAGAAAAUUGUUCUAUUAGUUCUACAACAUAUCGAUGUUGCCAUGUUCACCUCUGGUAAUUACUCUUCAUCUCUUGUUUCAAUUGAGAGUCAAGAAGGAUGUCCAAUCAAUCCUGGAUCAACUUUGAGUAAAACUUUUGUGAUCAAACCAAAAUUGGACAGUUCGAGUGGUCGAGGAAUAGCAAUUGAAUGCGCUCUACCUGGAGAGGAUCAGAAACUUGCAACUUCCACCCUAUUAACCUCCGAUCAAACCAGGGAAGAUGUUUUCGGAAUCCAAGUAUCUUAUUGUGUUCGUAUUAAAUUACAAAUGGGAGCUCUUGCUGGUGAAAUGGUUGGUGAAUUACCUUUCCUAUUGAUGCCUCAAUCAGCAAAAUCAGCGAUUAAGGAAAGUUAAAUCAUUUCUAAUCAACUAAUUGUAACCCAACAUGAACAUGUUACAGUUAAAUUAAUUUGCAAAUAAUUUUCAUCUCGUUUGGAUUCACUAAAUCAAAUUGGUUAAUUGUUUAGAUAUAAAUUGUCAACACACAUCAUCAAUAUACACUUGGAAAUUAACACAUGACCUUAAUUGUUGAUUAUUGUACAAGAAAAGAAAAAUAAAGUAAAUCAUUUACAAGGAAAGUUUGAUUGAUCGAAAUGGAAAAAAAAAGUUCGAAAAAAAUUGUUUACACUUCGAGAGUGUUUUUCGUACCCUUGGACUGCCCAGUGUAGGUGUCGAACCUACGACCCUAAGGAAGUAAUCCUUAUGCUCUUCCACCUGAGCUAACCGGGUGAUAAUUAAAUUCUGAAACAAUUAAAUGAACAUGUAACAAUUAAGAUUGAAAAAGUUUCCAUAAAGAAAAAAAAAGCAAAACAAAAUCGAGUCACAAUUUAAACUCUUCCAUUUGAAUGAAUCAAUUUAAUCGAGUGAGUUCAUUUUAUUGUUAAUUUUGACAAAUUGCUAGACAAAAAUUUCAGUCUUAAUUGUUGUUCACCUUUCCAAUUGAUUGUAAUCAUUAAAAUUCAAUUUAAUUAAA